CACCGUUAUAUCAUGUAGUUUAUAAAGCCGUGCGUAAAGCUUCCAAGUUUCGUACAACUAGGAAAAGCAAGGAUUUUAUUCCCCUUUUACGUCUGCAAUUUGAGUUUGCUGUUGACCUUUAUGUAAACACGAUGAUCUAACCGCGUGUUCCGCGUUAAGACGCGCUUCUGUGCCGGAUCAGAGCAUCACCAUAAGCACCUGGAGCUCUCAUUCAGCGGCUGCGGCACCAAUGGCGUGAUCCUCGUCUUUGCAAUGGAUGAUAAAUCCAACAAACUCCUUUUAGUUCCCGUUUUGACCGUUUUGUUCGUGAUGAUCGGCUAUCAGUACAUCUGUCCAGCAGGCAGCACGUCCUGUCGGUUUGGCAACGGAGAGGGUUUUCCGUUCUCCAAAUAUCCAGCAGACGUCAAAAGAGAAGAGAACGAAGAGGACGCGUCGUUCAGAUUUCAGUCCAAAUUCAACUUCACGCGGGACGACCUCGAGCGCCACGUGGAUUUCGACAUCAAGGGGAAUGACGUGAUCGUGUUCCUCCACAUCCAGAAGACCGGAGGAACCACGUUUGGGAGGCACCUGGUGCGGAACAUCCACCUGGAGCGCCCGUGUGACUGCCGCUCCGGCCAGAAGAAGUGCACGUGCCACCGGCCCGGAAAAGCGGAGUCUUGGCUCUUCUCGCGCUUCUCCACUGGCUGGAGUUGCGGUUUGCACGCGGACUGGACCGAGCUCACCAACUGCGUCCCUACUGUGAUGAACAAAAAGCUAAAGAAAGACGCGUUGAACAAACGGAGCUUCUACUACAUCACACUCUUGCGGGACCCAGUGUCGCGUUACCUGAGCGAAUGGAAACACGUUCAGCGUGGUGCCACAUGGAAGACGGCUCUGCACAUGUGUGACGGACGUCCACCCACCCCAGAUGAGCUGCCUGCCUGUUACAGCAGUGAAGACUGGACCGGUGUGACUCUGGAGGAGUUCAUGGCCUGCUCCUCAAACCUGGCUAACAACCGGCAAACGCGCAUGCUGGCCGACCUCAGUCUGGUGGGCUGCUACAACUUGUCCUCAAUGACUGAAGAGCGACGCGCAGAGCUUCUCCUCAGCAGCGCGAAACGCAACCUGCGCCGCAUGGCCUUUUUCGGCCUGACUGAGUUUCAGCGUAAAACGCAGUUUCUCUUCGAGAGGACGUUCGGCUUGCACUUCAUAGCCGCCUUUACUCAGAUCAACGGCACCCGGGCGGCUGGGGUCACGGUCGGGACAUCCACAAGGAGGCGCAUAGAGGAGCUGAAUGCACUAGACAUGCAGCUAUACGAGUACGCAAGGGAGCUUUUCUUGCAUCGCGUUCAGUUUUGCCAUCAUCAGGAGCGGCAGGAGGAGAAGAAGAGGAAACGACAACAGCGCAGGACCAUGAAGCAACAGAAAACAUCUGCCGUCCGACAACAGGAGGACAAUGGAGCAAAGGACGCAGUGGGGAAAAUGGAGGUAACUGGAGUUACUGAGGACUACAGCAGCCAGGUGGUCAGAUGGUGAUUGCCUUGUUCUCUAACUGUGUUCAGAAUUGCAUACUAACAUACUAGCAUACUACUCUUAAGGUGAGUGUACACGGUGUGAAUUUUGCUCUCAGACUAGGUUGUAAGGGAAGUCAUGUGGAAAUUAUUGAUGCUCACAUGGUUGUAGCUCAUAAAAUGUGUGAAGAAUUCAGAUUAUACACACUCUCAGAAAUAAAGGAACGUGAGCUGUCACUGGGGCAGGACCUUUUCAAAAGGUACAUAUUUGUACCUGAAGGGUUCAAAAUGGUACCUCAAAGUUACUUUUUAGGUACAUCUGGGCACUAAUAUGCACCUUUGAGGUACCACUGUGGACUCUUUGGCUACAAAUAUGCACAUUUUGAAAAGGUACUGCCCUUAUGACAGCUCGCGUACCUUUAUUUCUGAGAGUGUAGAGUACUUACUUUCCAAAAGUCAUACUUCUGGGGUAUUAACCCAUUUUGUGAAUCUUAUUUUGGAUUAGUGUGAUAUUGAGUCCCCAAAAGUGUGCUUUUGUAUGCAAGGGAAACGUUUUUCAGUCAUCGAAAUUUAACCUAAGCACACAUAGGUUUGAAAUACUUCAGCUGACCUUCAUAUGUGAGUUAUUUGGAAGGUAUCACUUUGGUUUUUCCAUGGAGACGUGUUUGGUUUAUGAUGCUUUGCAGCCCCAUUCUCUGUAAUGGAGAUUAGAGCAGCUGGAUUUACAACAAGUCAAUAAAUCAAUUCUCUUAAACUACAUGAAAUUAAGUGAGGGUUAAGAAUAGAGUAGAUUAUAACUGCUGUUUUUCAUUGACAUCAGUGUGUAUUUUAUAAAGCACUCAUUUAAAUACUCCAUCACUGCUGUGAUUGUAUUAGUCAAAGGGUUUUGAUUACAAAGUUGUUCCCAUUUUAUUUUCAAGGAUAUAAAUUUGUCUUCAGUAUUAAAAAAUUUGAUAAUCAAUAAACAAUCAAUUUGAAAUUAAACGACCAAGAUGUGCUUUAAAUGCAGACUGUCAGUUUUAAUUUGAGGGUAUUUACAUCCAAAUCAGGUAAACGGAGAAGGAAUUGCAACAGUUUGCAAAUGUGCCUCCCACUUGUUAAGGGACCAAAAGUAAUUGGACAGAAAAAUAAUCGUAAAUCAAACUUUCACUUUUUAAUAUAUGGUUGCAAAUCCUUUGCAAUCAAUUACAGCCUGAAGUCUGGAACGCAUAGACAUUACCAGACGCUGGGUUUUAUUCCUGCCAGGCCUCUACAGUAACUGUCUUCAGUUUCUACUUGUUCUUGGGGCAUUUUCCCUUCAGUUUUGUCUUCAGCAAGUGAAAUGAUUGCUCAAUCGGAUUCAGAUCAGGUGAUUGACUUAGCCAUUGCAUAACAUUCCACUUCUUUGCCUUCAAAAACUCUUUGAUUGCUUUUGCAGUAUGCUUUGGGUCAUUCUCCAUCUGCACUGUGAAGCACCGUCCAAUGAGUUCUGAAGCAUUUGGCUUAAUAUGAGCAGAAAAUAUUGCCUGAAACACUUCAGAAUACAUCCUGCUGCUUUUGUCAGCAGUCAUAUCAUCAAUAAAUACAAGAGAACCAGUUCCAUUGACAGCCAUACAUGCCCACGCCAUGUCACUACUACCACCAUGCUUUACUGCUUAGGAUCAUGAGCAGUUUCUUUCCUUCUCAAUACUCUUCUCUUCCCAUCACUCUGGUACAAGUUGAUCUUGAUCUCAUCUGUCCAUAGGAUGUUGUUCCAGCACUGUGAAGGAUUUUUACAACUCCAAUUUGGCCUUCCUGUCUUUGAGGCUCACCAAUGGUUUACAUCUUGCGGUGAACCCUCUGUAUUCACUCUGGUGUAGUCUUCUCUUGAUUGUUGACUUUGACACACAUGUUCUUGAUCUGUCCGCCACAGUUGUUUUCCAUGGUCUUCUGGGUCUUUUAGUGUUGCUGAGUUCACUGGUGCGUUCUUUCAUUUUAAGGAUGUUCCAAACAUUUGUUUUGACCACGCCUAAUGUUUUUGCUAUCUCUCUGAUGGGUUUUUGUUUUUUCAGCCUAAUGAUGGCUUCCUUGACCGAUAGUGACAGCUCUUUGGAUCUCAUCUUGAGAGCAACACAUUCCGAAUGCAAAUCGCACACUUGAAAAGAACUCUGGAGCUUUUAUCUGCUCAUUUAAUUGGGAUAAUGAGGGAAUAACACACACCUGGUCAUGGAACAGCUUGGAAUCCAAUUGUUCAAUUACUUUUGGUCCCUUAACAAGUGGGAGGCGCAUAUGCAAAGUGUAAUUCCUACAGCGUUCACCUGAUUUGCAUGUAAAUACCCUCAAAUUAAAGCUGACAGUCUGCAGUUAAAGCACAUCUUGUUUCGUUUAAUUUCAAUUUGAUUGUGUUAGUGUAUAAAGUCAAAAACGUUAGAACUGUAUCAAUGUCCAAAUAUUUAUGGACCUAACUGUAGCCACUCGUUACAGUAACUGUAACUGCUCGUGACAUGCGUGUACAUACGAUCUUCCGACCAAGAGAAUCUGCUCUGUGUACAUCCGCCUUUACUAUCUCUGCAGUGUAUAGUAUAUACAGUAGUAGCCACAAUAGAAUUAUUUUCUUUCUAUUCUAUUCUUUCUAUUUUCUUUCUUCUCUUAUGAAAAAAAACAGCAUCAGCUCAUAUUUGAGUUUGCAUCUAUGCAUAUGUCAUUAUAUGCAAAAAAAAAGAGCUCACACUCAGGAUUGUUUGUCGAGGCUGUGGAUUAAAGGUAAUAAUGUUGUACGUAGUGUUGGGAAAAGUUACUUUUAAAUAUAUAUUAUAAUAUAUUGCAAUAGGUUUUAAGGAAAAUAAU